GUUGAGGCCUUUAUUGUCGUAGCUGUUGAUAGCGUCUGUUACCUAACCACAGCCUUGUUUUAUGUCAAGAUUUACUUAGCUGUACGUCACCACAGCAAUCAUAUUCACUUCUUGCAGGAACAGCUAUCACAGAAUAAUGGCGGGGAUAUAGCUAAUGUUGUGAGGGAGAGAAAAACUGCAGUUGGUACAUUCUACGUGUAUCUUGUGUUCCUGAUUUGUUAUCUGCCUUUCACGUGUUACCAAAUUUUGUACUUAAGCGCUAGACCGACUACGGUGUUACGGCAUUUUGAGCUUUAUUCUGAAAUGCUGACCUACCUCAAUUCAUCUCUCAAUCCUCUGAUCUACUCUUGGAAGAUGAGACAUGUUCGACAUGCUAUCAUGGAAAUACUGAGAAACAUAUUCCUGGAUCCACACAACUGAGAAAACAUCCCGGACGGAACAGCCUAGUAUAACAAAUUUGGAGGUUUCGUUUUAUUUUUUAAAAAUUUCCAUUUCCCCUACUUUUACAUUAACGCUUAAUUUGUUUUCAGUAAAUGUUUUAUUUUUCCACCAUAUGGGGUAACACCUCUAAAACAUAUUAAAUAUACUGCAAUUGGUUCAGAACUUUGCCGACAGGGUAGUUCUUGGCCUCAGGAAGUAUAAUCAUAUUUUCUGAAGGCUUGAAGUCACUUAGAUGGAUUCCUAUUGCUGAUAAAUUAACAAUUAAGAAUUAUGGAUAACACUUUCCUCGUCGACCUCCAUAAUUCUUCAUUUGAUACGAAAGCCGAAUUCAAUAAUUGUUUUAUUAUUCAUUCAAAAUAAUUCCUAGUUUAAAAACAUCGAUGCAUGUUAAGUUCAUCUUCGAUAGUGCACGUUUAGGGUUGUUCAGCUUCGCAAAUAUUCUCCAAAUAGCAGAUGUCGCCCUUCGAGUUGUCUUCUUACUGUUCUUGCCAUGUUUUUAGCUAUUAUUUCGCCUAGUUCUUACUCUUGAAACGAGUGAAAUGUUCGCCAUUUUUGUUUUCACAACCAAAACAACUCAACCUCGUCCCAGGUCUUCUUGGUUAACGGUGCAUUAACCUGCGAGGAAGUUGCACUUUUGACGUCAUCGGUUCAUUAAUAGAAAAAUUCUUCCAAAUUUGGUCAUCAGUAGCUGGUUAUGGUGAAUUAUACGUGUGCUUUUAGCCAAUCAGAAUCGGGAAAAUAUUUUAAAUGAAUUAUAACUACUUUUAAUUGAUUCCGUCAUGGUCCGUAAGUACCUCAAUAGUCGAGAACCAUACUAAGAUCUUAGUCAAAAAUAAACACCAAGACUAGCUCUUUACGAUAGAAACAUGUGAUACGAAAAGAUUUGAAUCUACCAAGAUACAGAUUGAAAACUGGGCCGCAAUCCCUGGCCUUUAGGGGGGCUACUUGUGGGUACAAACUACCUAAAGACAUGAGGAAAGUAGCAGAUUGUCGAAUUUUUAAUGAGACUUAUAAAUAUGUUCUUAAAAUUAUUUUCAUCUUUUUUCUUUCCAUUCCUUGACAUAAUUAGCUGGGCAUGUUUCAGACCACUUUCCCGCCAGCUGGAAUUUACAGACCUCGGUGAUCAUCUGGUUAUGUUUAGCGCCCGUUUGAAACCUCAAAGGCGAAAAAAAAGCCUAUUUCGGCAAGAGAGAGAUCAUCUCUUGAUAUACAGAGAAAAGGCUACGAGAACCAAAUUGGAACUUUUAAUUUGAAAGCUUUGCAAAGAAUUUGUAGAAAAACGAUCAGAUACAUGGAACUCAACAAUGACAAAUUACCCAUACCCGAACUGAAAUUCUGUUUUGUUCUGAAAUUUUCUCUUGUUUUUGAGCUUAAAAACAAAAAUACUCCGAGGGGCAGACGUGACGGCUAUAUGCAAUGUAAGCGUAUGAUGUAAACGAAUCCACCCAGGGAGGGUGAUGGCUGCAACAUGCCGUACAAUUCUCUCCAUUUUUGUUAGGGAGUAAUCCCGACUCAGCUGUUGUAUUAUUCGCUUUUAGGUCCACACGCUAUCGUGCAUAUUUAAUAAUAAUAAUAAUAAUAAUAAUGAUAAUUAUAAUAGUUUAUUGAUAUCCCUCUCGCAUCCUAAAGGCUGAAUUACAAGGAAGGUCAGAGACAAUAACAGAAGACAAUACAACGCAAAAACAAUCAAGUAGAUAAUUAUGUAAAUGUAAUUAAAAGCACUACAUAACAGAGAAAAAAUAACAGAGCACAGGAUUACAACUAGUCUUGAAACUUAAUGGUGCAGAAAUCUGCGAACCACUUUGUCUUGGGGACAAGGCGCACCGGAACACGUUCGCCUUAACGGAGGCAGUAUGGCCUGUCAAUUGACACACAAGGAAUUAAUGGCUUGAGUACCGGAGACGACAGGCAGUCACGUUUGAUAAAAUUUAUGCUAGCUUCCUCCUUUCUCUGGGAAAGGGCAGUGAUGCCAAAUUGAAUUAGGGCGUCGUCAUAGUGACAGUUCGGCAAAACGAUGCGUAGGGCCCUUUUUUGUACAGAUUCUAUAGAGGACUCUAAAUACUUUGGCAAGGCUACCCAAACAGGGCAGGCAUAUUCAAGUACAGAUCUUACAAUGCUACAGUACACUUGCACUAGCUGCUCUUCCUUAAACUUCAUUUUUUUGGUCAAGUCUUUUUGAUGAAGGUCACUUGAAUGAGAACAUGUCAUUAUUUUUCUUCAUGUUAAAUGUUUAAAGUUGUUUCUGCUGUUGUUUUUUCUUUCAAAGCUAUUCCCAGUGCUCGCUCGCGUAACACUGGCCUUAAUUCUGAAGAAUUAGUAGCGAGAGAUCUAUUCAAAUUUCUCAAGAAAUUCUCAUCAUUAUGGAUCUCCCGUUCAGGAGCUUCGUGAAUAAAGCUCCAACGUCGUCAAUUCGGUACCUUGGUUACACAGAGACUAUGGCGCUUCAUAAUCAUUGAUUUCUUUUAGUAAACACUUUUAACUGUUUGUAGAAUUAUUUCAGCUUACUUUGUGUAAAGGUACAAAGUGGUAAUUAUUUUUGCGCAUUCUUAAUGCGCACAUAUCAUUCUGUAGAAGCACGCACCAUGUAACCAGUUCCGGCUGGCUGUCAGCCACCAGUUUGCGUUGCAGUUUCUUUCUGUGGGUCCCUAACCUACCAACUGUCUAAAUACUUAACUAACGUACCGAAACCUUUGACUUACGAAUCUAGACACAAACUACAGUCUACUGAGAACUUUAUUGACGCCAUUAAGACAAUACAGACGACUGCUUGGUCACUCGCGACAACAACAAACUACAAACGACUAUUUACAGAAAACCGACACAUACCGAGCGGUUACUAGACCAGUCUUCGUACAACCCGACCUCUCAAGGCUACUACUAUCCGGACUCUGACGAGACGAGCGCAACUAGUUUGCGACUCACCUGACAGCUUACAAGACGAGACUGAUUAUCUUAACAACGUUUUUAGUAAGAACAAUUUCAACACGGACUUUGUUAGACGGAACACUCACAGUAACACUGAUUCCAACUCUCAGACCAACUCUGGCCCUGUUACAACAGCGACUAUACCGUACAUCAGAGGCACUUCUGAAACUAUUGCACGUAUAUUACAACCUUACAAUAUACGCGUUGCACGCAAACCGAUAACCACUUUACGGCGAAUGCUUGCUAAUGUCAAGGACAAAGACAAACCGGGGGACAGACAGGGAGCAGUAUACAAGAUCAAAUGCUGCGACUGCCAUUUAAUUCUCACGUUGGUGAAACCGGCAGAAACCUAAGCACGCGACUGACCGAACACAAACGAGCGACGAGGAAUGGUGACGUCAACAAUCACAUUGCUGAGCACCAUUUAAAGACGAAACAUCAAAUUGACUGGGACUCUGCGACAUGUAUAAUGUAUUCUACAGACUACUAUCAACGUCUUACUUUAGAAAGCUGGUUUACUAACAAAGAACAAACAAAACGUCAGUCACUGUCAACAACAACAGUCCUAUUCAGGACUACGUUCACCCGGACGAUCAAACUCAACCUACUUUUGAAUAAUGAUAAUGAUAAUGGUAUUUGCAAAAUAUGAGGAAAACAUAGGGUGCUUUAGCCUUGUAGGAAAUUUGUUAUGGCAAAAUAAUUGAGCUCUGAAGGCAAUUAAAAGACAGGAAGCUAGUUGGACAUAAUGUGUGUUGAUGUCCUUAUUAAUAACCGCAAUGUUUCGCGCAACCUUUCGGAAGAUUAACAAUUUAUGUAGCCCAAUAAGAGAGAGAGAGCGAGAAACGUUUUAAAACGUAGACGUACGUAUUUUUCAUCCUCACUUCUAAACUUACUUAAUUGAAACAUAUAUCCUGACAAGUUUUCAAUUACAACACAUAUCACUUGCCGAACACUUUUCCCAGAAGUAACACCAAACAUUUUUUUCCCGUUCCCUUUUUCCUAAGUACAUUAAUUAUUCACGAACAAUAACACUAAUAUCGCUCUCCUGAGUGAGCUGAAGAAUAAUGCCACCUUAUAAAACAAAUAUAAUUUGAAAAAUGAAGCCGGAUUUCCUUCAGAUAAAGAAGACUAUGCGCCACGUAAUAACCUUUUGAUAUUGCCGUUGCUCGUUCGAAACACCAGUUUUUGGAAUAUUUAGUUUGAAAAAUAUACUUUUUAAGCAGCCAAUAUUCCAUUACUUAACAGGUAACGUCAUACAGAUAACUCUCGAUAACGAUCAAUGUCUGUCAUGAAAUUUGGCCUUUUAUUUCGGUUGCAUAAAUGUAAAAAGAAAAGAAAACUGUUAACAUCAUACGUGAAAAUGGAACCAUACUAUCAACUAAAGAGGUGCUGGAUGCAGAGUUCUGAGAGGUAAUGAGCAAUAUAUGCAAUGAUGCAAGCUUCAAUCAUUGCUAACUGCGUUUUUAACGCCUUCUUCGGUUUUUCCGCCAUAACAUUUAACAUUGUAACAAUACUCGCUCUGAGAAAACCAUUGACGAUACCAAGAGCUUUAAAACCAUUACUGCUGAGUCUGACUGUAGCUGAUCUUGGUUUUGGUUUACUGGUUCAACCUUUGUACGUUGCAUAUCUUGUCAUGUGGUUGCAAGAAAACACUCAAAAUUCGACGUUUGAGAUUGUAUCAGACAUUUGGGGAAACACGGCAUAUUUUUUCAGCUAUGCCUCAUUCUUUGGUGUUGUGGCUCUAGCCGCAGACAGAUUCUUGGCCAUUCAUCUUCACCUCAGGUACCAAGAACUCGUGACUCACAAGCGCGUUGUUGCUGUAGUGAUCUUCAUUUGGAUCUUAAGUGCGAUUCUGACGAUACUUAUCAGAAGGACUCCGAAUGUUGAGGCCUUUAUUGUAAUAACUGUUGAUAGUGUUUGUUACCUAACUACAGCCUGGUUUUAUUUCAAGAUUUACUUAACUGUACGUCACCACAGCAAUCAAAUUAAUGUCUUGCAGGAACAGCUAGCACAGAAUAAUGGAACAGAUAUGGGAAAUGCUGAGAGAGAGAGAAAAGCUGCAGUUGGUACAUUCUACGUGUAUGUUGUGUUUCUGAUUUGUUGUCUGCCACUCACGUGUUGCAUGAUUAUCUACCUAAGCAUUGGACCACAUACGGUGCUAACGAACCUUGAACUUUAUACUGAAAUGCUGACCUACCUCAAUUCAUCUCUGAAUCCUCUGAUCUACUCCUGGAAGAUGAAACAUGUUCGACAUGCUAUCAUGGAAAUACUGAGAAACAUAUCACCAUAUCCACACAACUGA